CGACCGAUGAUUUUCCUUGGUCAUUAUGGUUUUGAUUGUCAAUUAUCAAAAUACUGUCAAAUUUUAAGGUUAAUGAUAAGUGAUAAGAGCUAAUGUUUUGUAAAAACUAUAAAAAUCAGGAAUCAAGAAGCCAAUAAGCGAUGGAAAGUCCAAUCAGAUUAUUAUGUGGACAUUGUUCAGAAGAUCUGGAUACCCUCAAUGAAAUAAUUAGUAAAGAAACCACAACACACCAUAAAUGUUUUGAAGGACAUGAUGAAAUCAUUGUCGAUUUCGAAACGCAACGAAUCCUUAGGAAGGACAAACUGGCAGUAUCAGCUGUGCCAGAAGAAAUUCAAAAGGCUGUACCUGAGAUGCUUAUAACUAAGGAACAAGAGCCAGCUAAGAUAUGGACAGAUAAUGCAAUUAAAUUGUUGAUAUCUUCAUUUUCCAACAACAAAAGUAAAUUCGAGUCACCUAUGUACACAAAAAAGAAAGUUUGGGAAAUUAUCAGCCAAAAUCUUGCUGAACAUGGUGUUAGGAAGAGUGGGACAAGGUGCGAUGAGAAGUGGAGGAACUUGAGGAAAACAUAUGGCAAGGUUCUUGAAGAGAAGAAUAAAUCUGGCAAUGGGGGGAUCCACUGGAAAUUCUUUGAUGAAUUUCAUGAAAUUUAUUUUGAGGAUCCCAUUUAUAAUCCAGUCUUGACGGCAUCAAGUUCUGGAGUUAUAAAAAGGAAAGCAGAAACGUUGCCUUUUGCAAAUGCUGAAGGAUCAAAUGAACCAUCUGCAAAAAAGGCAACUAAGCCAGAAAAAAAACUAUCAAUAACUGAUAUAGAAAAGGCCAAACAAAAACGUCAUGAAGAAAGAAUGGCCCAGAAAGAUAAAAUGUUUGAAUGGUUCAAAGAACAUUUCAAUGAAUCCCAUUAGAUCUAAAUCGAGUAUACAUUAUCCACUUUUUGAAAUAUUUAGACUGUAAUACUCAUGUUAUUUAUUUGGGAAUAGUUUGGUGUAAGAUUGUUAUGGGGACAUGAAUCCCAACUGGCUUAGUUAAGUUUUGGAGUUUUUGUUAUUUUGAUUUUGGAAACAGAAAAGUUUUGUUAAAGACUGACAUUAUUUAUGGCUGUUGUUUCAUAUAUUUUUGUAUGUAAAACUACAAAUAUGUAUAGUUUUCAAUAAAAAACAAAGUCAA